CUCCCCACAAGCCAUUUGAAGGGAAAUUACAGCCCCUCUGAUACCUAAGUGUUCGUCUUGUAGGAAUCAGAGCCUUCUCCUUUUCCAAUAUUUGGUGUUGUUAAUACUGGUGAAGACAAAGCCAAGCGUGCUUUAACCCAGCACUGGGGCGUCAGACAGACAGAUCUCUAAGUUUGAGGUCUACAGAGUGAGUUCUAAGGCAGCCAGGACUACCCAGAGAAACCCUAUUUUUGAAGAACAAACAUAAUGGUGGCAGUAGUCAGAAUGCUGAGGACAGAACUGGGAGGCACAAAGUGACUCCAGCCCAGCUGGAAGUUUAUAGCCCAGUCUCUGUGAGCCUGUGCCCCUCAGUGACACCCGGUGUUUCUAGGAGAAACCUACCUUCAAGGGCCGUUCAGGCCCCAGAGCCUCUUGGGCUUCAGCUUAAGAUUCUUUGGCAAUGUUGGGGUCUGGAUAAACCAUAUGUCAAGGACAAAACACUCUUCCUUACGGUUCCGCCAGCUCUCUGGUCUCUUCAGUAUCAGCAUGACUGAGGACACCAGGCUUGUUAUUCCGUGUUUGCACAGCAGCCUUGCCUGCUGUGUGGACUGCUGCAUUUAUUCAGAGCAGGGCUGACCUGCCUUUUGUUUUCUCACACCCUCUGCCUGCUCUUAGUCUCUUUGGUGGCUGGGGAUUUCUCCCAAGUUGGUGCUCUCCUGUCCCCCUUCUGAUCAGGGGUCUCUCAUGCCUUAAGUCAGUUGGAUUCUUCUUAGCACUUUGGUGUGGUAAAUAUCACACAAGCCGUACUUCCGAUGUUUGUUUUAGUUGUGUAAGGUCGAUAAGAGUUUCAGGGGCACCUGUAGCCAAAUCACGUUAUUUCCUGUUACAGACAUCGUGCCGAGAACAGGCACACACCUUUGCCCUGAGAGUCCUUUGCCAGCCAAGGUCGAGCAGGUUGUUGCUGCCUUGCCCCUGGAGCUGUGAGCAUAGCCAGCAUCUCUUCUCAGUACUUCACCUGGGAAAUCCAGCAUCCGCUCAGUUCUCAGGGCUGCUUUUCUAAGCUGACUCUGCUUAGACUCUCCUGGGUCCUUCUUCCCUACAGGAUCCAUGGCAAACCCUCUGACCCAGCACUCAGGAACCCCUGACACAUGUCUCAUGUUCAGUUUGUUACCCUCUUACCUGCUGUUUCUCCCGCAGGCUUUCAUAUUUAUCUACUAUCAUGAGGCAAAUUGAAUUAUUCUGCACACACUGCCGUGCUCUGCAGCUGUACAUGUAAACUUCAAAGCUGCGUCUGCCCUGUGCUUUUCUCUGCUCUUACUGAGCCUUGAGGACCUAGCUCAUUUACUUCUGACAGGGAAGCCUGCCCUAACUCCUGCGUCCAGUCCAGCCUCGGGUCUGUCACUUCUGUAGCACUUCCCAGCCUGCGCUGUGCCGCUCUCCCAUUUCUUAGGGAGCCGACUUUACAUUUGUAUCCUCAGUGUCUGGCUUGGAGUACGUUAAACGCUUCCGAGAACCAAAGCAUGAAAGACGGCCAUGGAGGAUAUGGUUUUUAGACACUUCCAAACAAGCCAUAGGGAUGCUCUUCAUCCACUUUGCAAACGUGUACCUAGCGGAUCUCACUGAAGAGGACCCUUGCUCACUGUACCUCAUCAACUUCCUUCUGGACGCCACUGUAGGCAUGCUCCUCAUUUAUGUGGGCGUACGUGCCGUCGGUGUGUUGGUGGAGUGGCAGCAGUGGGAGUCCCUGCGUUUUGGAGAAUAUGGAGACCCUCUACAGUGUGGGGCCUGGGUCGGGCAGUGUGCCCUUUACAUCGUGAUCAUGAUCUUUGAAAAGUCCGUGGUCUUCAUCGUCCUUCUCAUACUCCAGUGGAAAAAGGUGGCCCUGCUGAAUCCAAUUGAGAACCCUGACCUGAAGCUGGCCAUCGUCAUGCUCAUAGUCCCCUUCUUUGUCAAUGCUUUCAUGUUCUGGGUAGUGGACAAUUUCCUCAUGAGAAAGGGGAAGACGAAAGCUAAACUCGAAGAAAGAGGAGCCAACCAGGACUCAAGGAACGGGAGCAAGGUUCGCUACCGACGGGCGGCAUCCCAUGAGGAGUCUGAGUCUGAGAUCCUGAUCUCGGCUGACGACGAGAUGGAGGAGUCUGACGCCGAGGAGGACCUCCGGAGACCUGUGAAGAAGAAACAUCGCUUCGGGCUGCCCGUAUGACGCAUUUCCACGCUGCGGGUGACAGUCCUGGGGCCCAGCCCUGCAGCAACACUGCUUCCCUCCCCUCUGCCUUCCUCUUCUACCUCCACUCCUCCUGCUGUCUCUGCCUGCUCUCCGCCCGCCCCAGACUACUGUGACUGAGAAGAGGGAAGAGGACCGGUGCCUGAGGGGCUGUGGGCAGCUGGAGUUCCCGCUCAGUUGCACUACAAACACUGACCAAAUAUGCAAGCGAAGAGCUUUGUUCGUUCGUUGUCGUCCCUUUGGGGGGUCGUGAGACCCCCUGUCCUAUGUCUGACCGGGUGGCAUGGUGGAAGAAAACAGAGCACACACAGAACUGUGGUGGGUUCUCCUGCCGAGGCUGCAGGCCUUGUGGACACGCGACGUGCUUGGGGUUAACAGUCGCUGGUUGACCCAGGUUGGAACAGGAAUGGUUUCUUAACUCAAAAACCGGCUUUUGUAACUCUUUCCUUCUGAAGCCUGUCUCACAGGCUGCAACAGUGUUACUGUUUUUUGAGUACGUGUUAGUUUCCUACAAAGUACCUAUGGGUCUAACGGGCAAACAGAUUUUUAAGUCUUCCCUAUGCUGUCUGACUUUUAUAUUUUUAAGUUAUAUUUUCAUACUAUUGUAUUUAAAACUCUUUUUAAUCCCCAAACACAUGGGUUUGUUUGCCUUUCAUGGGGUGGGAGCCGGUGGGAGGCGGGUCAAGACAAGGAGGUUUUUCAGCCAGGGAUACUGUUAGGGAACAUGGUUGCUGAGGUACAUGGUCCUGAUGGGAGGGUAGCUAGAUAGUGCUUAUCUGCGGCCACAGAGCCAUACUCUGUUAAGGUCAGAACCUCCACAGGAGGCAGCUGUUCAAGUAGAUCUGUGUGCGCCACUGUGAGGACAGACAGAGCCCUGCCAGGCCAGGCGGACAUGUUAGAGGCAUUGGUCAAACUCGGUUAGGGAGGGAGCCCAAUAGUUAGACAUUUGUGUCCAGAGGACUCAAGGCCACCAGGCCUCCUCCCGCUGGCUUCCUGCCUCUCUCAGAGUCUCUUAAAUCACAAGCGUUAGAGUAGCCCUGGCCUCAGCAUCCAGUACAGCAGCUUACAGAGCCAACCUUUGCCCUUGGUGUCUGUCACCAGCUGUCACCUGCUUGAUUGCUCAGCUGUGCUUGUCGGGAAAAGCCUGUCAUCACACCCUCCAAAGUGAUGAGGUGACCGCAGCAGAGCAGACAGCGGAAGAGCCAUGUUUUACUGCGUAGGUGGUAUGAGGCGUUUCUAACGGUCCCUCCUCUUGGCUGGCCUUCCCGCUCCUCAGCGUGGCUGUGCUUUACCUGUGGUCCUGCUGGCCUUGGCAUUGACCCUGCUAUGAGAACAGCAGGGCGGGGCUGUCUGGUGGCCUGUCAGAGCUGCAGGCAGACACAGUGGUAAGGGGCACAAGAACACCCCACCACUUGACGCACUGGCAGUGAUAUGGCUGAAGCCUUCGGUGAGACAAGCACAAAUGGGACACUUGAAAGGACCACUGAGGGGAGUGAGUCUGCUGUAGGAGGCUUCCCAUUCCAGUCAGGCAGAGGCCGUGACCUGGGAAGUGGUUCAGCCAGGUUCUGCGUUGUUCCUGUUUCCUUCCCAUCCUGCAGCCCUGACCAUUCUCACCCCUUCUCUAGUGACUUCCACUGAGCCGUGUGGAAGGGUGCAACUCAGGUCCUGGUGAGAUGGUCAGCCCCUGGCCAUCACUGACACCCUCCUCACAUACCCUUCCUGCCCCAUUGUGCUUUAGUUGGCCUGUACAGCACACGCCCCUGCCGUCCUUCUGGAGCUCAGGGGAAACCUCGUUUUCAGACUCCAGCUCCCGAAACUUCCAAGCCAGGCACAGAGGUGGGGGAAACUCCAAGGUGACAGCCUCACAGAGGUGAUCCGUAAGGUCCUCCCAGCUCCCAAGCACAGCGCCUGGAGGACAGGAAGCAAGUGAAUGCAGGUUCCCUCUGCACCCUGAUUUCCACUAAGGGCUACAGUCUCCGGGCCACAGCUCCUGGGCUGGCCUAGAAGGAAAGGAAGUCCAGCAGGUAUUUGAUACUGAGCCUGUCUGUGUACAGGUUUGGUGUGUGUGUCCUUCCCCCAUCCUGUGUGGAUGUGUACGUGCACUCAUGCGGCAUAAGCACACAUACUCUCGCAACCCGGCGUCCCUCAGGAGAGCCUCGGUGGCCAACAAGGCCUUUCUGUUACCGUGGUGCACUGUCUCACUGGAAUGGAUGUAGAAGGCUUCUUCCAGAGCUGUCCUCCCUCCCUGGAACGAGUGUCCCCAUCACUUGUUCCAAGCUGCCUUAUGAGGUGGGACCCUUUACUGGCUGACAGCAGGCAACACCGAGCGAGGGGGAAAAAUGGAAUGCUGACUUAGCUGUGGUACGCUGUCAAUCUGUUUUGUCCAAAUAGGUGCCUUGGCCAAGCUGCUCUUGCUGGAAGCUUGCAAGCCAAGGUGAUGAGUGAAGUUUUUGUAACUAACAAAUAAACCAGUGAGAGAGAGCUGACACCUAA